AUGUCUUCAUUUCCAAUUCCUACUUGGGAUACACCUUUUGGUAUUCAAUUAUGGCCAAUCUUUGAUAAAUUUGUUAGUCAAAUCACUAAUAAUAAAUUUAUUCCAUCACAAUUUCAAUUUAUUUCUGGUCAAUUACCAUUAUCAACAUUACCUGAAGCUCUUACUGCUAUAACUAUUUAUUAUAUUGUAAUAUUUGGUGGUGAUUAUAUUUUCAAAAAAUUCAAUAUUAAACCAUUAAUUUUAAAUGGAUUAUUUCAAAUUCAUAAUUUAUUUUUAACUAGUUUAUCUUUCACUUUAUUAAUAUUAAUGUGUGAACAAAUCAUCCCCAUGAUUUAUCAUUAUGGAUUAUUUUAUACUAUUUGUGAUAUUAAAGCUUGGACUCAACCUUUAAUUACUUUAUAUUAUCUUAAUUAUAUCACUAAAUUUAUUGAAUUUAUUGAUACAGUUUUUUUAGUAAUUAAACAAAAAAAAUUGACAUUUUUACAUACUUAUCAUCAUGGAGCUACUGCUUUAUUAUGUUAUACUCAAUUGGUUGGUACUACUUCUAUUUCUUGGGUACCAAUUUCAUUAAAUUUAGCAGUUCAUGUAUUGAUGUAUUGGUAUUAUUUCUUAGCAGCAAGAGGUAUUAGAGUUUGGUGGAAAGAAUGGGUCACAAGAUUUCAAAUCAUUCAAUUUAUUAUUGAUUUAAUAUUUGUUUAUUUUGGUACUUAUCAAAAAGUUGUUAUUACUCAUUUCUCAAAAAUUUUACCUUAUUGUGGAGAUUGUGCUGGUACUAUGAUUGCCGCUUAUUCUGGUUGUGCAAUUUUAUCAUCUUAUUUGGUAUUAUUUAUUGCAUUUUAUAUUGAUGUUUAUCGUAGAAAAGGUUCUACUAAAUCAAAAAUUGUUAAAUCAGUUAAAGGUGGUGUUGCUGCUCAAGUUAAUGAAUAUGUUCAUGCUUCAGGUAUUCAAACUCCAUCCAAUGCAAAUGCAAACUCCACUGCUAAAACUGUACGUUCUAGAAAGGUCUAA